AUGAAUCAGACAGUGCAAAUACAGCCGGGAUUUUACCAGAAAAUUCAACGUCGGUGCACGGAAUGUGACGGAGAGGGCGAGUUUAUAAGCAAUCGGUGCAGGAAAUGUAACGGAAAGAAGAUUGUGGUGCUUAAAGAGUUGGUUCGAGUCAGAAUUGAGCCGGGAAUGAAGUCAAACAAGCGACUGGUGUUUUCUGGGAAAGGAAAUCACGUGAAUCGGACUGUGGAGGCCGGUGAUUUGAUAAUUGAGUUGGAACUGAAAGAACACUCCACGUUUAUAAGAAAAGACAUGGAUUUGAUUAUUAAAAUGGAGAUUACACUCGCUGAGAGUUUAUGCGGGUUUAAGAGGAUAAUUCAGACUUUGGAUCAGAGGAAGUUGUUAAUAAGCAACCCUCCUGGAACUGUUAUUGGUAAUGAAGCGUACCGUUCUGUGGCUAAUGAGGGGAUGCCAAUGCGAGGAUCGGAUGGAAGGGUGAAGGGACAGCUCAUUAUUAUAUUUAUCGUCACUUUUCCUCAGAAUGAGUAUACUGGAGAGAAUUUGAAAGUGAUUGGGGACAUUUUGCCUCCUCGGCCGGACUAUGGUUACUGUGAUGAUGGGCAAGUUCUCAAGUCGGAGUUGUAUGAUCCCAAGUCGAGUAGUCGUAGAAGACGUCAGCAGGCUAGUCAGGGAGAAACUGUAGAGUGUGCUAGUCAAUAG